AUGUCUUCUAUUGGAGCAAACUACGCACAACUACAAGUCAUGCAGAAGAAGCAAAAGGAGAAGAUGAUGAAGAAGAGAUUGGAAAAGGAGAGAGAUGGCAGCGCAGACGGAGUUUCUUCUGCCUCCACAGGAAAGAGUGAAAUCUCUCGUCUUCUUCGCUUCUCUUCUAAGAAACAGACAAAUGCAGAGCUGAUUGUGCUUCUUCCUCCUCUCUCCUCUCACAUUUCCCAUCUAAGGGGAGUUGAUGUUCUGACGAUCUUCUCUGGGUAG